AUGCAAGGGGUUAAGUAUCUCAGAAGACGUCCUGAGCUCCUUGUGAUUGACAGUGUGGAAUUCUCCAACCAAUCACUGACAAGUAGGCAGGACCCCACGUGGGAGCAGCCUCGUCGUGAUUGGUCAGUGGGAUCUGGGGCUGCCUGCAGGAGCCAGGACCCACGUGGAGCUGGCGGCCGUUGAUUGAGCCGGAGGGAGGGGCCGCACCGAGCACCGGGAGACUGGGCCCUACUGGAGACUGGCUCCUCCUACUGCGGGGCCCGGUGAGAGAGGCUGAUAGAGGGUGUCCGGGGGGAAGUAUGGGAGAGCCUGGCUGGUACUGAGAGGCCUGGGAGCGAGAGGGGGGAGGGAGCAGGGAGCAGGGCGGGGGGGAGCUGCCUGGAGAGAGGGGGCAUUGGGAGACACUGUGAUGGGGUGAUGGAGACAUAAUUUGAGGGGCUCUGGGAGGACUGGGGUGUUAGAUGGGGUGAUAGAGGGGAAGGACGAAUGAAAGAGAAGGGGGGCAGGGGAGGGGCUCAGUGAGGAGUAAAUAGGAGGGGGGGGGACACUGAGAGACACGGGGGCCUGCUGUGUGCUGUAUUAGUGACUGGAUAGAAAUCGUAUACUGCCUUCAUGGUGUGUCUGUCUGUGUAAUGUGCCUUACUGAAUUACCCCCACACCAUUAUCUACAAUAAUACCAGUCAGAAACACACACACACCUAUAACUUUCAUUUUUAUUUUAUUUUGGUUUUCUUUUGUUUGUGUGGGGUUAUGCCCCCUGAGGUAUCCUCAUGAUAUAAUUCUGGCAGAAUUAUGCAUUUGUACCAUGAUGCCACAAAGGGAAAGGGGAUAAAAUGGAUUUGUUUAAAGACAUAGAGAAGGAGCACACUUGUAUUUUUAAAGAUUUAUUUGACAUGUUUUUGGUUGAAAUGUCUGUCCUGUCAUCUUUAUGUAUUUUGUGGCUGAAACUUCACUUCCUCCUUCUACCCUGAUCUGCCUCUGCUCAUCUUUCUCCUAAAUGACUUUUGGCAAACGACCAAAUUCCAAAUAACCAACCGUGGCUUCCUCCCUCCCUUGCAGGCAUAGUAACCCCCUUUCUUUUUACUUAUAAACAAACACCUUUACAUUGAUCCACACCUUUGCUCCUCCUACUGUAUAGCUGUAGGUUUCCAUUCACAAACCUAUACAGUGUCCUUAUAUAUCCACUUAGUGUAUCACUCUUACCAAUGUAAACAUGUUGCAUUCUUUUGGUAGUCUGAAGACUUUUCCAUCAUGUUACAUUGCUGAUUUCCAAAUAUCUUGGCUAGGUUUGAAAUCGGGUGACUCAGUAUUUGUAAUUAGUCUGUUCUCACUGUCUUUCUUUUUUUACAGGACACAUCUUAUAAACUUCAGAGAACAGUACCACUACCUCCUUGA